GGUCCAACCAAGCCGGCCUAACUGACCUUUUCUAUGUCUCUUUCGAAUGACUGGAAAGAACGUGAGAAAAUAUGGAAAACACAGAUUACUCUCUUUAAUUCCACUACUCAAUCUCAUUAGCAUAUUAUAUUUUUGAUCUUUAAAUAUUCUAACAGUUCAAUUCAAUUCAAUUCUAAGUUUUUCUCCUCUCUGCUCUGAGGUUUUGGCAGAUGGAAGAUGAGGAAGCUCCGAUUUUGCAAUCACAGCAACGGAAGGAUAUUGAGAUGGCUGUUGCAUCUGAAGAAAAAGUUUUCCUUCCUGACACAGCGCGAUUAUCGUCGUGCCAGUGCAUUUGUGCCUUCUCCAAUCGAGUAAAUGAUAGUUCGGAAUUGGCUGAAAGAUCGAAAUCAUCAAAAAAACUUUUAAGUCUUAUGAUUGUGUAUUUAAUCGUCAUGACAGUAGAAAUCAUCGGUGGCUUGAAAUCCAACAGCCUUGCAAUUAUUACAGAUGCAGCGCAUUUGCUGACAGACGUUGCUGGAUUUUCUGUUUCACUUUUCGCCGUUUGGGCUUCCGGUUGGCAUGCAACAUCCCACCAAUCUUUCGGAUACAGCCGCAUUGAAAUUCUAGGCGCCCUUCUAUCGGUGCAGCUCAUAUGGAUGAUUGUCGGAGUACUACUUUACGAAGCAGUUGACAGAAUUCUUCACAAAACUGUUGGGGUAAAUGGAAGACUCAUGUUUGGUAUUGCAGCCUUCGGAGUCAUCGUAAACUUAAUCAUGGUUAUAUGGCUUGGUCACGAUCACUCUCACCAUGCCUGUCAUGAUCAUAGUCAUAGUCAUGAUCAUAGUCAUAGUCAUGAUCAUAGUCAUAGUCAUGCGCAUGAUCAUAGUCAUGCGCAUGAUCAUAGUCAUAGUCAUGCGCAUGAUCAUAGUCAUAGUCAUGAUCAUAGUCAUAGUCAUAGUCAUAGUCAUAAUCAUGUUCACUCCCAUCAUGAGGUUGUUUCUGCCGAAAAUGAAGAUGAAGACAGUAAGACAAUAUCUAGUACUCCUGAAAAGAACCGAAUAUUAAACAUUAACAUCCAGGGAGCGUAUCUACAUCUCGUGGUUGAUUUGAUUCAAUCCAUUGGAGCAAUGAUUGCCGGAGCAAUUAUAUGGGCGAAACCGGAUUGGUUAGUGGUUGAUUUGAUCUGCACUAUUGUCUUCUCUGUUUUAGUUUUAUAUUCUACCGUAAGUAUGCUUAGAAAUGUGUUUAGCAUACUAAUGGAGAGCACACCUAGUGAGAUUAAUAUUGAGAGCUUAAAGAAUGGUUUAAAGUGUAUAGAAGGAGUUGAAGAUAUUCAUGAUCUUCAUGUCUGGGCUAUUACAGUAGGAAAGGUAGUUUUAUCUUGCCAUGUUCAGGCUCAGCCUGGAGCUAGCUCUAGUGAAAUACUAGAUAGGAUUAGGGAUUACUGUAAAAAUACGUACAGGAUUCGGCAUGUAACCAUACAAAUUGAGCAAUAAAUUGCAUAUUUGAAUGAUUCAAA